CCCAGCAACCUGCACCUCCCUCUCUGCUGGGUCCUGCCUGGGCAGGAGGAGCUGUCUGCACCCACUGCUGCUCCCUCUGACAGGACUAAUGAGAGGGAAGCAGAGACUGUGACUAUAGACACCACGUCUUCACGUGAGAGAAGUGAAGAAAGGCAGCAGUGAAGAUGAAAAGCAACUGGAAAAUUACAGCUUUCUUUUACGUGUGGAGUUUUCUGUGGUCUUUCAUCUCAGCCACCAUCCAGCACCAAUCCAGAUUACCAGUCAUUCUGGGUGCCAGUCAGAGAAUUGAUCUUUGCCCAACAAUCAGGAUUGGCCAGGAUGAUUUACCAGGCUUUGACCUGAUUUCUCAGUUCCAAAUAGAAAAAGCUGCUUCUCAAGGAAUUAUCCAGAGAGUGGUGGGCUCCACGUCUCUACAAGUGGCUUAUAAAUUGGGACCCAAUGUAGACUUUAGGAUCCCAACCAG